AUGGCACCUCCACGCGGAAGGAAGAGAAAGUCAGACCAGUCGACGACGGAAGACGCGCCUAAUAUGGCCGGUCAAACAGUGCCUACCAAGUCCGGCAGCCCUUCGGAGAGUCCGAGGAAGAAGAGGAAGGUCGGCAUCACGCUCGGCCAGAAGCAGGCUCUCAUCGACAACCUCCAGCUCGAAAAGUGCCCUCCAGUCACAGAACGUGCUCGCAAAUUGCGAGCGCAGUAUAACCUUCAGGCCCAGGGCCUCCGAACACGCAUCGAGAUACGCGUCAACCGUAUCCCCAUGGCCCUCCGCAAGGCCAAGAUGGGCGACCUGCUGGACAAAUACUCAAACGACCAAAACAACAAACCUUCCGCCACCUCUUCGGCGGCAACUGCCGCGCUCAUCUCCAGGCCUCCACCGGUCCCCGAGAAGGACUAUGCACCAGCGCGUCAUGCUGCUGCUGCCAAGGCUGCUCCCGCACCGGCAACACGCGGACCGGGACGGCCACCGAAGCGACGAAGCGAGGAACUUGACGGCGGCGGCGACAAGGAGAACCAAGACGCAAACAUGGCCAAGCCCCAAAAGAGAGCCCGCGGCCACCCGGGGCCGGAGAACGCGCCGACCCCGGCACAGGUCCUCUCACCUACGUCCUCCAACUCGCGCAUGAGACCCCCGCCGCGGCCCGCGUCGCCCGCCAAGUCCCAGAUCGCACGCCCCGUGUCCCCGGUCAAGCAGGCCGCCGCGGCCACCAGCCUCCUGAGCAACAUGGUCGAGAAGGCGCGCUCGACGCGCGCCGCCGCCACCACGAGGAAGGCGACGACCUCGUCCACGGCCAGCUCGGCCACCUCUGGCACGGCUGCCACUCGGGCGAGGCGUGGAGCUGCCGCCGCAGCAACACCGAAGACCACUACCACCACACGAGCAACGCGGAGGGCUAGCGGCGUCAGCGAGUCGAGUGAUGGUAGCACGGCCACGGUGGUGCGGAAGCGGACGGCAGCUACUGCAGCUACCGCGGCGUCCAGGAAUGCGGCCGCGGCGACGAAGAAGACGACCGUUAUGAGCACUAUCAAGAAGGGCGUCACCAGUGCGACCACGAGGAAGGCCGCCGCGCCCAAGACGGCAGCAGCAGCAGCACCUGCUACGACUAGGUCGGGUAGAGUGCUCCGAAAGAGAGAUUGA